GGCACAUGUAUACGUACAACUUCGGCGACCAUUCACGUUGCUCCACGCGUUCUGCAUACGCUUACUGUACUGCAUGCUUAGCGUGAAGGUGGGUUUACGGUUACUCCUUUUUUGCAUUGCCAUUGGAUUAAACGCCGGCAAUCGUUUUAAUACCAGGAUCUUUUAAGAACUGAACCAAAACAAAAGGUAUUAUUAAAGAUGAGGCUUUGGUGGUAUGCAGUCACUCUGGCUCUGGUGCUGAGCUGUACCGUGGUGCAUUGCCAGGAAGAUGAAGAUGAAUUUGAUCUAGGGGAUGAGGUGGAAAUCGAGGAUGAACCAGAACCUGAAGUUGUCAAAGAGAAGGUUAUAGUGCAAUACGUCCCGCCUCAUGCCAAAGGCCCCACUAACUUCCAUGAUGCCUUUCUUGAGGAAUCUGCCCUGGGAAAGAGAUGGGUCCAGUCCACUGCCAAGAAGGACGGAGUGGAAGCUGACUUGUCCAAGUUUGAUGGGAAGUGGUCCAUUGAGGAACCAGUUGACCAGCCCCUACAGGGUGAUCUAGGCUUAGUACUCAAGUCAAAAGCCAAACAUCAUGCUGUAGGAGCCAUGCUGGACAAGCCAUUUGUUUUUGAAGAGGAGCCAUUCAUAGUGCAAUAUGAAGUGAAGUUCCAGAAUGGCAUGGAAUGUGGCGGUGCAUACAUCAAGCUUCUAUCCCAAACCCCGGACUUGCAGCUGAAAAAUAUGAAUGACAAAACGCCCUACACCAUCAUGUUUGGACCUGACAAGUGUGGCAAUGAUCAAAAGUUGCAUUUUAUCUUCAGGCAUAAGAACCCAGUCACCGGAGCGUAUGAGGAGAAGCACGCUAAGAAACCAUCAGGCAACUUCGCUCGCGUCUUCACUGACAAAAAGACUCAUCUUUUCACACUAGUGGUGAACACUGACAACAACUUUGAGAUCUUCGUGGAUCAGACCAGCGUGAGUCAAGGCAACCUUCUUGAAGACAUGACGCCACCUGUCAACCCACCUGAGGAAAUCGACGAUCCAAAUGAGGAGAAGCCACAGGAGUGGGACGACAGGAAAAAGAUCCCGGACCCAGAUGCCACUAAGCCGGAUGACUGGGAUGAAGACGCGCCAGCUACCCUUGUUGAUGAGGAUGCAGUCAUGCCAGAGGGCUGGCUGGAGGAGGAGUCGGAGCUCAUGGAUGACCCGGAUGCUGAGAAACCAGAUGACUGGGAUGACGAGAUGGAUGGGGAAUGGGAACCACCAAAAAUAAAGAAUCCAUUGUGUGAAGACGUCGGUUGCGGCAAGUGGGAGAAACCGACCGUUCCCAACCCAGACUACAAGGGCAAGUGGAAGCGUCCCAUGAUUGAUAACCCGGCCUACAAAGGGGAAUGGAAACCCAGGAGGAUAUCCAAUCCAGACUACUUCGAAGAUUCCGAACCCUUCCGUAUGACCGCAAUCGCUGCGGUUGGCUUGGAACUCUGGUCAAUGACCGAUAGUAUAUUGUUUGAUAACUUCAUCGUGACGUCCAGUCGCGACGUGGCUGAUGAGUGGGCCGCUGACACGUGGGCAAUCAAGCAGAAGCAAGAAGGAAGCUCCAGCUCAGCGGACAGUGUCGUCUCUGGCCUGAUGAGUGCUGCAGAGGAUCGGCCCUGGCUCUGGGCCAUCUACGCCCUCGUCCUUAUCAUACCUCUCUUUGUAUGCUUCAGAGUCUGCUUCCGUGGGUCUCCAUCUGAUGCCGAGGAUGCCAAGAAAUCAGACGAAGCCAGCCCCGACGACGAGACAAAGGAGGAAGGGGAAGAGCAAGAAGGUGAAGAGGAGGCAGAGGCAGCCGAGGGUGAAGAGGAGAGCAGCGUCAGGCAGCGCAAGAAAGCCACCAAGGCUGACUUGGAGCAAACCGCUGAUCAGGAGGAUACUCCAGCUGAAUCUACUGAAGCUGCUGGGGACACAGUCAGAAAGUCGCCCCGAAAAGGCAAAGGAAAGACGCGUAAAGAGUAACUGCAUAACCCAUUCUUCCAGUUUUUGCUACCUACAAGAUGUGUUUCUUGGGUUGGAGAAUUCACUUUCAGAUGAUAGAGGCGUGAGUGACUGCAUUAAACAUGAAAUGUUUUUUUUCUUCAACUGUUUGGAUUUGGUUCAUGAUGUUUGUACCCUGAUAGCCAAGUCAGUUUUGUUAAGGGUUCCAAAACAAUGCACCACACCCGAUCAGUCAAUAAUAGCGUGGUGAUAGUUGUAUUAGAUACAUUUCAAAUUUGAUUUCUGUUGGUAUCACUUUCCACUGUGAAAGUAGAUCAAGAUCAAAAUUGCAGACAAAUAUUAAAAUUCUGACUAAUGGUGAGUUGUUAAGUGGUAAAGAAGUCAUAAAUUUGAAUUAUUAAAGACUUGACACAAAACCCUUUUUUCCUUGGCUCUUUUUUGUUGACCGAGACAGUCAGAGCAGAAAGAGCAUAGUUUUCAGAAUAACAAGUCUUUUUCUGAUUGCAAAUUGUGAAGGAUCACCAUACUUCAGUCGUUCGAUUCAUUUGUUUUAGUAGUACGUGGAAAGUCAUUUAAAAUAUUUGGUUGCUGGAUUUAGGUCCGUGACCCCAGAACACUGCAAUCACAUUGAUUCAUUUCCACGAAUGACACAGAUUUGUGAGAUAUUCUCAAUCUUAGCAUAAUAGUGUUGAGUAGUUUUUGAACUCUAAUCAGUAUUGGUUGUUGAACCCUUCAUCGAAUGCCUCACAACGAUUUAUGAAUCAUUCAAAGUAGUUGUAGUUGAUGAAAUGACAUUCAUCUAAUAUCAAAGUGAACUUAAGAGCAUUGCAUUUGGUUUCAGUGCUGUACCAAUGUGGCCAUUCGGACAUUUAGAUACCACCUAAAAUGUAGAAGCUAGUUUUAAGUGUAGGCCACUUUGCAAAUUAAUGCAACUCUAAUCCAUUGUCUUGAGUUGCAAUCUUACUUUUCAUUUCAUUUUUUUUUUUUUUCAAAACACUUCCUGUGACUGAAUGAUACUUGAGCACCAGUAUUCAUCUUGUGCUUAUGCUCUGGCGCAUUGCAUUAAAAUUACAGUGCAUUGCAUUAAAAUUCCGGUGAGUUAAAACUUGUUGCUCUCACUCCAUGCCAUUGGCAAGUGAAAAGCAGUGCUCAUAGCACUAGGUGUCGUGUCAUGGUUAUCAUAAUUUACUCUUCAUGAAAAGCAAUACAUGAUUUUAAUGUUGAAUUUGAUCGUUUCCGUACAAGUAUUUUGGUAUUAGUGGUUUUUACUUUUUUACUUUUAUUUGUUCGAGGUGUGACAUGUGUUGUCUGUUAAUUGUACUAUUGGGAACAUACAGCUUUAGGUAAUGCAGAUUUCAGAAGUUAAAACGUGUAUUGUGCGUCAAUAUUUUCACGAGUUUACAAAUAUUGAGCAGUGAUAUGACAGGGACAUGUUGUGUAAAAAUUGAUACUCAGAAAGAAACAAAUUGUAAUUUUGUUUCCAGUUUGUUCUCGCGGGAUAGGUUGGUUCCAGCCCCAUAAUCAGUAUAGAUAAUGUAAGGACCUGGAGCCUGUCAGCUCGCAAAGCUGAUCUGAUUGUGGCCAAAACAAACCAAAAAACUCCAGAGGGUUGCAGACAUCCAACAAAAAAAGGGGGAAAGGAGGGUUUUGGUUGAACAUUUUAAAAAUUUUGAAAUUUGAAGAGCAUGGGAAAGGCAACUUUAAUUUGACCGAAGUGCAGAUUUGUGUGAUUUUGGAUUAUUUUAUGAUCAGGUGAUUGUAGGUUCAAUCGUGAGUAUUGUGUACGUGGUAGAAAUUACUGUAGUUUACCCAGCAUAUGAGGAACUGUGGCUCUUAUAUGGAUGUACAUGUAUUAAAAGCCAGGAACAUAAUGAUAUGCUGUAAAGUAGAAUGUUAGUAUUGUGGUAAGCUUCUGAAAUUUAUACAAUUUGAUGUUAAAUAAUUGUUCAACUGUAACAUGGUUAUUGGCUGGUAAGAAUUCCAUGAUCUUUAGUUUUUUUUUGUCGUAAUCCUGGUCCAUACGGUAAAAGGUUCAGUUGGACACUUCAGCAAAUGAAUUCUUGUUUUGUUUUUGAUAAUUCCUUUAUAGAAUUGUGGAUUGAAGUGACACAGGAAACCCCAACUCAAUAUCGGAAUAGCUUCCAAGCUUUUAAAGAAUUUGUUAUGGGAUGUUCAUCGUUCUGAUACUUGGAACAGGCCAAAUGUUUGUCGAGAUUUGUUCAAAUGUUAUUCAUCCAUGUGUUUAUUAAUAGCGUAGUCUAUGCAAUUUUCAUUUGUACACUGGUUCAUUAAUCAACUUCUUCGCAUGAUUCUUGUGAAUCUUAUUCUGCAAUAAAAGACACUUCAUUUCACGUUGCGGGAUAUGUUGUUUAUUGUCAGAAAUUUCAACAUUUCUUUGACAAUUAUAAAAAAAAAAAGCAACUGUGCAGAUUUGAUGAUUAAAAAAAAUGAUUUGUUGGCCAAAACUUAAAUAAUUUGUCAGUCAAAAUCAUUGUACGAUCUCGACUUGUUUUUAAUUUUUUUAUUUUGGUAAACUCCCAUCUACACUCCCAGCCCAUUAUUAUGAAGAACUUUCUUUGGCAAAUGGUCUAUUAUUCCCAUACCUACUAUUCGGGGUAAUUGAUACGAGUUAUAUCUUUGAUUGAAUAAUUAUUGGGCAUGCUACUGUCCUACCGUCCCCUAUUGAAGGCAGAAACAAACUUAUACACACAAUUUGCACUUAAGGACACAUGAGGAUCAUUUGCUUUUCAUGCAUGUUGUUCCCUUUUUAAUAAUAAAAUCACCCGAAGAAAAAAGAUGAAUGUUCAAAUCCUGA